AUGUCUCUCAGGCUCCUGCCUGCUAUCAUCAUGGACAAUGAUGAGGACGAUGAUGGGAACUUCACUAAAUGGAUGAGCAGUUACUGGGGUCACAGUUCAGAGACUGGACACUCCAGAGAGAGAAAACGCAGCUUCAGAAGACCCGCAAAAACACAAGGUGACCGGAGAGCCUCACUGCCGACUGUGUCACAAUUAGAUGCCAUGAAGUUGAACAGGCUCCAUGCAGCUGCUAUGGCCCCCUCCCCGAGCCACAUAAAAAGCAGGGAGAAGGGAGAGGUCCGGCCCCACCAGAGAGCACGGCGCUCCUCUUCAGACGACAACAGCAGAGGCAAUUCGGCUCUACAGGAGAUCCGCUUCGGCACCAUCCCCGAGCUCACUGAGUCCUUUGAGAAGAGACUUUUUCUACGAGAUAAGAGGACCACAUCUCUGAAUGAUGAAGACAAACUGUGUCUGAUCUGUCAUGAGGACAUAAGGAAGAGCGGAGGAGGCAUUCAGGAGCUUCACUGUACACACAGUUUUCACAAAGAGGGGGCGCACAGGUUAGAGCAGAGUCGGCCGUGCAGCAGCAGUGAAGCAGCGGCCUGUCAGGGUAGGAGACCCUCAGGUGAGAGGAGGAGGUCUGAAGAUGGACCCAUCACCAUGGAGAAGGCGCCAAACACACCACGCCGUCAGCUCUCCCUGAGGAGACAUCGCUGAAAUCAAUCUGAAGGGAGGAGGAGGAGAAAACGGAUGAUUAUUUUUAAAUGCUCCCCUGAACUUUUGCUAAGUUAUGGUGUGAUGUAAAAGUGUAAGAUUCUCGAGGGUCCGACUGUGCCUGAUCUGAACCUGUGAAACGGAUCUGUGGGUCCGACCACUAAGUAAGCUUUGGACGCAUUACAACUGUCUCUUCGAUGUAUCUGAUGGCCCAAUAUUCAAGUAUCCGCUACACAUACUUCAUUAUUUUCAAGAAAAAUAAAUGUCCAAACAAACAGAAUUGUUGUUUGAACAUACUGAGAGUACAGCUCUCUGAUGGGAGACGGUUCCUUUUCUGUUAAUUGUUUUUUUUUAAGGGUUUGUGUUUUAUUUAAGGAUGAGCGAGUUAUGUUGUGUAGAUAAACAUUGGCUUAAAAAUUCCAUUGCUUAAUGUGACACAAAGUUUGACAGUCUUGUCAAUGGCUGGUUCUCACCCUUUAAUUAAAAGGGGCAACAACAGUGUGCAUAAAAAAAAAAGUACUGCAUUAGACCUGCACUCUUUCUACUGACCUGCAGGGGGCAACACCACUGGUUGUAAAAACAAACAAGAAAAGAAUACAAUUACUGCAAUUGGCACUUUAUUUAUGACCUUUCUAGAAUCAAGCCUUGUCAAUAAAGCAUGAUUUUAAUUUUGUAAAUUAUUUUCCCAUAUAUUAGAAAAUAGAUGAUCAAGCAGGGGGAAUAAGCAUUAGGGUACUGCUUACCUGUGAUUGACGCUCCAUUAAAGGGAUCACCUGCAAUAAGGUGUUGCAAUGCAUCCAAAUAUGGUAACCUUCAGUAAAAACAAUAACAAUGAAGGCAACAGCCAAAUACAGUUUACAAAAAACAUGAGUAACAUCACAGUAUCUACAUCAACUGUUAAAUAUAAAGUGUAUAAAACUAAAGGGGGUGCAU